AUGAAUGAAUUCCACUGGCGCUCUCGGUGCUACAAGUAUAUCGUGGCCGAACCCUGUACUGUGGCAUCCAUCGCUGAGCGUCUCAAUGCUCUCUUGAACGGCAUGGAGGGCUACGUCCCCCCUCAUAUCAAACAGGAGUCAAACUCGGACGGGGGGCGCGCCGAUUUUGUCAAGAGGACUCUCGAGGAUCUCGUGGGCCACAUUGACUUGUCUUUCGCGCUUUCUGCGGUUCCCUCCGUGUGGCAAGCCGUCUUUGAUGUCGCUGGACAGUGCGGGUUCAAUACCCACGAGUGUCGUGCACCCGAGAAUAUCUGUGAUAUCUGUGCAAUGGCAGACCAGUCAUUCAACCUUGUCCUAGCCAAUGUACAGGUAAUCGAUAGGCAAUAUGAUCUCACUCCGCGGGAUAGGUUCGACAAGAACGGCAACUGGAAUCCGGAUCCUCGUUGGAUGGCGGCCUCUUUGGGGGCUGCAAGCCUUCUCUGUCUGGGUCAUUCCUACUCACCGACCGUCUACUGGGCGGUGCUGAACGACACGCUCUGCCGGAAAACACUUAAGGCUCAUCAGUUUCUCCAAACCUCUCCGAUGGGUGGUGAAAUGUACGGAAAAGAAGGUGGCGGGAGAGAAAGUGUCUGGGAUGGAAAUGGGUUUGACACUGAGCGCAUAGGCGCAUGUAUCCAACUUCUUGCUGCAGGCAAGCAGAUCCAGAAGUACUUCAAGAACGGCGGUGACAUUGAAGAGGUUCCGGCUCUCGGUGAAAAGACUGUCUCUGAUGCCAGAGAGAAGAGCCUAGCGGACGUCGAGCUGAAAACGAUCUUGUAUGGCUUGGAAUGGCAGCAGCUCGGUGCUCGUCUUGAAGUGGCAAACUUGCUCGAGCGUACGCGCCAGCACUUGUCAGUCAGGGAUUCCAAUUUGACUGGGCCUGAGAUCGCACAAUUGAUUGCUCGCGUCAACUGGGGGGAAGUUCCUGAUGAAAUUUCUGCAGACAGACUCUCUUAUCUGGUACGACGAUUUCGAGCGCUCAUCCCAGAUGACGCUCAGUAA